CGAUUAGGAUAAGGAUUUCUUCCUCCUCCUUCGCUCAUUCCUCUCUCCACAGUCGUCGCCGAUCGUCGGUCGCCGCAGGACGUCGCUGCUGUCGCACCCGUAUUGCCAACCUCGUCGGUCGGCAGCGCGCAGAUGUUUGUUAGCUAUUGCAACUUCGGCAUCCCUCCCUUCCUCUUCUUCCUAUGAGCAGCGAUCGAGUUGUCGCCUUCCAUCUUGCUGCCUGUGGAGAUUAGGGAAGCCAUCGGUUGUAUCGAGUUUUGGUGAGAUCGUGUAUUCCUCUGCGAAAAUCUUGCUUCCCUGUAGUGGAACGGAGUCCGCCCUUCAUCUUGAGCCGCCUUCAGGUCAUUGGCUAAUUGGUGGAACGGAGUCCACGUUGAUUUAGGAGGACUCACGAGAAAGGGGUUUGUGGCGCAGUAUAAUUUGCUGUUCCCUCCUCGAUUUAGUCCACUACGGCCGAUGUCAUGCAGAACCCUGAAUCCCCGCUUCACCAUCGCGCAUCCUUCUAUUUCCCUUCCUCGAGCCUCGUUACGCUGCUGUUGGCCUCCCCUGCCGCGUCAAGGAUCAUUUGAUCGGAAGCAGAUUAUCUGUGGGGCGCACUGGAACGCUCGAAAUCUUAGCAGCCAGGAAUUAGCCUAUGUGCUUAAAUCUGCCAUCCGAAAUGGAAAUCCUGAGGGUGCACUACGAUUCCUCCAUGAAAUGGAAUCCAGAGGUUUUAAGAUUGGAUGUGAUAUUCUCUCAGACUUGAUGCUUUCCUUUGCUAAAAAUGGCUUUCUUAUGCAAGCUCAGACUUUAUGGACUGAGAUCAUAAAUAGUUCAUUUGUCCCAAGUGUUGAGGUUAUCUGGGGUUUGAUGAAGGCCUAUGGCCGGAUGGACCAAUUUGAUGAGAUAAAUAGGAUUGUCAAUGAGAUUGCCGUAAGAGAUUAUGAUUUCACGCCACAGGUUUACUCAAUGGCCAUCACUUGUUUCGGGAAAGCUGGUCAACUUCAAUUGAUGGAAGAAACUGUAAAGCAAAUGGUUUUGAGAGGUUUCAAGAUUGACUCUCUAACUGGCAAUUCAUUUGUCAAGUAUUAUAGCAUUUAUGGUUCAGUGGAAGAGAUGGAAGAAGCAUAUCAGCGCUUGAAGAAAUCAAGAAUUCUAAUAGAAAAAGAUGUCGUCCGUUCAAUGGCUUUGACAUACAUAAACCAAAGGGAAUUCUAUAAAUUCAGUGAGUUUUUACGAGAUGUAGGUCUUGGGAGGCGUAAUUUAGGUAAUCUACUGUGGAAUCUGCUUUUGCUAUCUUAUGCAGCCAAUUUCAAAAUGAAAAGUUUGCAAAGAGAGUUUUUAAGCAUGUUGGAAGCUGGCUUCUCACCUGAUAUAACCACUUUCAAUAUCAGAGCUUUGACAUUUUCGAGAAUGUCCAUGUUUUGGGAUCUCCAUUUGAGCAUUGAGCAUAUGAGUCAUAAGGGUGUUACCCCAGACAUUGUGACUUACGGAUGCAUAGUGGAUGCCUAUCUGGGUAGAAGGCUUGCUAAAAACAUUCAUUUUGGGUUAGGAAAUUUAAAUGUUGGCAAUACCCCACUUCUGUUAACAGAUCCCCUAGUUUUCAAGGCUUUUGGCAAGGGUGAUUUUCAUUCAAGCUCUGAGGCUCUAUUGCAGUCUGCAAAUCACAGAGAAUGGACAUAUUCAAAACUACUAGCUAUACAUCUGAAAAAACAGUAUAGAAAAAACCAAAUUUUUUGGAAUUAUUGAUGAUUUCACAGUAGUCAUGGAUGGAUUUAUAAUGGUAACUUCAACGCAGUUAGAAUGAAUUAAACUAUUUGAGGUUAGAAGGUUCCAAUCAGUCUGGGGUUCACAGGCUCAACUUGGUAUUAUAGAAAGGGUGUUUAAUAUGAGCAAGUCAGGAACCAGGAGAAGAAAAAAGGUGGGGACAAAAGAAGGCAAUUAUUGAUUAUCUAGUAAGUCUCAAUAUUUUAUAUAGAGGAAGACCUUGAGGUAGCUAGACACCACUGGAGCAAGCAUGCAAAAAUCCCCAUUGUACUUGCUGCUGCAAUAUGAUUAGAGUCUAUUCCAUCAGUGAUAAAUGGAUGAAAUCCUUUAUUGCCUACAUUUUAGUCAGUCAGUAAUUUAUGGUAGAAGAAAGGAAGUGUGUGAUUAGACAAAGGUCGAGGACUGUUCUAGCCCAUUUCUAUAUGUAAAACUGUUAUUACAUCAUUUCUAAUAAGAUCAAAGCUUGUCUUGCAUAGACUGAAUAUAAGCAGCCAGGUUUUAACUUUGUUCCGCUAAAUCCAAAUUGUCUCACACAAGGUUGCAGGAUGGAUGGAGUGGUGCUGCAAUCCUCAU